AUGCCCAAUGCAGAUGUGGAAGAUCUGAAUUCCGACUAUGCCGAUGAUGCCACCUGGGUCCUCACCAGCAGCUUCGUGAUCCUGACAAUGCAAAGUGGCUUCGCCAUGUUGGAGAUGGGGUCUGCUGCGAAGGGCCACGAAGUAAACAUCCUUGUCAAGAAUGUCUACGACGUGGUUUGUGGUGCUCUAGCAUACUACUUGUUGGGCUACGGCAUAUCUUAUGGAUCACCAUCGAACUCCUUUAUGGGACUGGGUGAUUAUAUCAUGGACAUCUCUAAAACUGACCCCACCAGCUCGGGCCUUUUGUUCAGUAGCUUCAUUUUUCAAUUCAGUUUCGCUGCCACCUCCACAACCAUCGUCAGCGGCUGCCUCGCCAUGCGCUGCCGUUUCUGGGUGUACUGCCUGUAUGCGUUCUAUGCUGUGCUUGUGUAUUCGUUCGUGGCACACUGGGUGUGGUCAGCCAAUGGCUGGCUGGCACAGUUGGGAGUGCAUGACUUCGCUGGCAGUGGCCCUGUGCACUUAUUGGGAGCGGUGAAUGGGUUGAUAGGAAUACUGGCAUUGGGACCGCGUCAGGGACGAUUCGAUGGCAGCCGCCCUCCUGAAGACUUCUCGCCCUCUUCCCCUACGAGCAUCUUAAUCGGCCUCUUCAUGCUGUGGUGGGGCUGGAUUGGCUUCAACUGUGGCAGCUCUUUCGGAAUUACCCAAACCAAGUGGAUUGUUGCCACCCGGGCAGGUGUAACGACGAUAAAUGCAACUGCUGGUGGUGGAACCACAGCACUGCUGUACACCAAAGCCAAGUCGAGGGGAAGGAGACCUCUGUGUUUUGACAGGCUCAUCGUCGCGGAUGAAAUCGCCAACGGCAUUUUGGGGUCCCUGGUGGCGAUCACUGCCACCUGCGCCUGUGUGCACCCUCCAGAGGCGCCCUUAAUUGGUGCCGUGGGUGCUCUUCUCGCUUUGCUGGCGAACGACUGGAUUGUGCGCGUGAAACUCGACGACCCGGUCGGCGCAGUCGGUGUGCACGGCGCGGCAGCGGCAUGGGGAGUGCUGGCAGUAGGUCUCUUCGCGGAUGGGACGCUGCCCGGCAUCGAGGUAGCCAGCGGGCUUUUCAGAGGUGGAGGUGUACACCUCUUGGGCGUGCAGCUGCUCUUGGUCCUGUCCGUGGUUGGGUGGUCCCUGGUGACAGUGAUGCCCUUCUUCUACGUGGUUGGCUGUAUCUUCAGCAGGGACUGGCGCAAUCCUCGAAGAGGUUUGCGCGUCCACCCCGCCGACGAGCUCAGUGGCUUGGACAGCGUGUACCACGGGUGCCCGCCCAAGAAAAAGAAGAAGAAGAAGGCAGCAGAUGCGUUGCCUGGAGGGCAGGAGGCAGCUGCCGCAGAGGCAAUCGAGGAGGACGAAGACAGCGACCUGGAACUUCCUGCGUUAUGUGCAGAGCUUUAA